AUGUCGAUCAGCUUUUCAGGCACCCUUGCCGCUAGCGCUGCCCAGGAGGCCAGUGGCCUUCUAACUGCACCACCAGCUUCUGGUACUGUCAUUUCUACAUCUCUUGGCUUUGUCUCAUCAAUAGUGACCUCUGCCGCUGCCGCUGCAGUCACCAGCGGUGCUGCUGGUGGUGGCGGUGGUGGAGGUGGAGGUGGAGGUGGAAAGUCAAGUGCAUUGGCACCCGAGGAAGAAAGUGCUAUGAAAGCUGAGAGCAGGAAGUUCAGUCACUGGCUAUUUUUAUGUCUGAGCGCAAUUGCCUUUAUCAUUAUCAUAUACCGAGGGAUUCUCCUGGUAUCAGCUCAUAUCCGACACCUCGUUUGUAUCAAUGAUUCCACUCAGACCUACUGGUCUAUUCCAGCUGCUCCAUGGCUCUCAAAGUUCAAAAAAGAUUUUAUCCUCGCUCCUCUCUUUGGGCUUCGUCAUAAUGAGCAUUUCAAGAUUGGCUCUGCCGGUAGCGCUGGCAUCGUCCCAACUAGGUUUCAAGCUCUUUUCCUUCUCAUCCUUUUUGGAGGAAACAUCGCCCUCACCGUUGGCAGCAUCCACUGGUCGAAGCCAAGCGCUGUGAUCCUUUCUGAACUCCGUAACCGUUCCGGUGUUCUUGCCGUCACGAACAUGGUUCCUCUGUUUGUCCUUGCUGGAAGAAACAAUCCUUUGAUCCCCCUUCUUAGGAUUUCAUUCGACACCUACAACCUAAUCCACAGAUGGCUGGGAAGAAUCGUUGUUCUCGAAGCAAUUGUUCACACGGUGUCGCAUAUCAGCAACAAGGGCUGGGACAAGUAUCUUGUUUCCGUUGGAAAAUCACAAUUCAUCAUGACCGGUACCAUCUCGACCUUGGCUAUGAUCUUCCUCUUCAUCCAAUCCCCAUCCAUCAUCCGCCAUGCCUUCUACGAAACCUUCUUGACGCUUCAUAUCCUUGCUGCUGUCGCCGCAACUGUCACCCUCUACUACCACCUCAUGCUCAUUAACAAUAAGUGGUUGGUUUAUGUGCAGGUUACUAUUGCUCUCUGGGCCGCAGAACGUUUCGCACGCUUGGUUAGCAUUAUCUAUCGCAACUGCGGCAGAACCAUGACUCGUGCUACCAUCACUGCCCUCUCUACAGAGGCUUCUAGAGUCACUUUGGAUAUGCCCCGUCCAUUCAAGUUCCGACCGGGUCAAUAUGUCUUCCUCUACCUCCCAACUGUUACCGGUUGGCAGAGUCAUCCUUUCUCGGUCGCAUGGGCUGAUGAAAGUGCACCUCUUGUCUGGGACGAAAAAAAGGAAGAACUCCCUAAAAACCGCCAGGAUGUUUACGGGCCGCAAAAGACAAGUGUUGAACUCAUUGUGAGACGACGAACAGGUGCCACCAACUCGAUUUUCCAGAAGGCUGCCGCCGCACCCGAGGGAACCGUUACUGUUCGUGCACUCGUCGAGGGUCCUUAUGGUACACAUCACUCUCUAUGCUCCUAUGGCACAGUUGUUUUGUUUGCUGGAGGUGUUGGUAUCACACAUCAGCUACCCAACGUUCUUGAGUUAGUCCAAGGAUAUGUCGACGGCACCGUCGCUACCCGAAAGGUUACACUCAUUUGGGUGCUCCAGAACCCGGAACAUUUGCAGUGGGUCAAGAGGCAGAUGACUUCCAUCCUUGCCAUAGAAAGGCGAAGGGAGAUUCUCAAAGUCGUCUUGUUUGUUACUAAGCCGCAACAGUCAAGAGAGAUUAUGAGCCCCUCUUCGACCGUUCAGAUGUUCCCAGGCAAACCAAACAUUGAGCAAGUCCUUCAGGCCGAAGCUGAAGAACGAGUUGGCACCAUGGCCGUCUCUGUCUGCGGUCCUGGCGCUAUGAGUGACGAUGUUCGAUACGCAGUCCGCCGCUUGGUCGACUAUGUCAACAUUGACUUCAUCGAGGAGGCUUUCUCGUGGUAA